AUGUCGGGUUUAGACGUCAACGAUCCGGACUUCCAGUAUCUGGUGGUCGACAGGAAGAAGCUGAUGAGGGAACAGACCCAGACCUUUGAUGGCAAGAAGUCCUGCUGGGUUCCUGACGCCAAGGAAGGUUUCUUGGCUGCAGAGAUUCAGAGCACCAAAGGCGAGGAGAUCACUGUGAAGCUUCUCAAGAACAAUGAGACGAAGACCUUCAAGAAGGAUGACAUCCAACAGAUGAACCCUCCCAAAUUCGAGAAGAUCGAAGACAUGGCCAACAUGACCUACCUUAACGAGGCUUCAGUUUUGUACAACUUGAAGAGCCGUUACUCUGCUGGUCUCAUCUAUACCUACUCUGGACUGUUCUGUGUGGCCAUCAACCCCUACCGUCGUCUGCCCAUCUACACCCUGAAGGUUAUCAACGCCUACAAAGGCAAAAGGAAGGCUGAGAUGCCUCCCCAUCUUUUCUCCAUUUCCGACAACGCCUAUCAGAACAUGUUGCAAGAUCGCGAGAACCAGUCCAUGUUGAUCACAGGUGAAUCAGGAGCCGGAAAAACAGAAAACACGAAGAAAGUAAUUAUGUACUUUGCUCAUGUCGCUGCUGGGCAAAAGAAAGGACAAGAAGAAGAACAACCCACGGAGCAGAAGAAGGUUGGCUCACUCGAGGAUCAGAUUGUCCAGGCCAACCCGGUCAUGGAAGCGUAUGGUAACGCUAAAACAACCCGUAAUAACAACUCAUCAAGAUUCGGUAAAUUCAUCCGUAUUCACUUCGGCACUCAAGGAAAGAUUGCAGGUGCUGAUAUUGAAACCUACCUGCUGGAGAAGUCUCGAGUCACUUUCCAACAGCCAGCUGAACGAAACUACCACAUCUUCUACCAAGUGCUGUCACCUACCCUCUCCCAUCUCCAUGAAAAGCUGCUUCUCUCCCCGGACCCUGCUUUGUAUGCAUUCAUCAAUCAGGGCUCCUUGAUUGUCGAUGGUAUUGAUGACACAGAGGAGAUGAAGAUUACAGACGAAGCCUUUGAUGUGUUGGGCUUCACCAAUGAUGAAAAGACCUCACUGUACAGGUGUACAGCUGCUAUCAUUCAUUUUGGCGAGAUGAAGUUCAAGCAGAGGCCCAGAGAGGAGCAGGCCGAAGCUGACGGAACAGCUGAGGCUGAGAAGGUGGCAUUCCUUCUGGGUAUUAAUGCUGGUGAUCUUCUAAAGGGUCUUUUGAAGCCAAAGAUCAAGGUCGGCGCUGAAUAUGUAACUCAAGGUCGUAACCUUGCUCAGGUAACCUACUCCGUAGCAGCCUUGGCCAAGUCGCUGUAUGACCGCAUGUUCCUGUGGUUGGUUAAACGUGUCAACAAGACCCUGGACACCAAGAACAAGAGGCAGUUCUUCAUUGGCGUGCUCGACAUUGCUGGUUUUGAGAUUUUUGAUUUCAACAGUUUUGAGCAGCUCUGCAUCAACUACACCAACGAGCGCUUGCAGCAGUUCUUCAACCACCACAUGUUUAUCCUGGAGCAGGAAGAGUACAAGAAAGAGGGCAUCGAUUGGGAGUUCAUUGACUUCGGCAUGGACUUGCAGGCAGCCAUUGAUCUCAUUGAGAAGCCCAUGGGUAUCUUGUCCAUCCUUGAGGAAGAGUGCAUGUUCCCUAAGGCUAGUGACAAGACCUUCCUGGAGAAGCUGAACAACAACCACUUGGGCAAGUCAAAGAAUUAUGGCAAAGCUGGAAAACCCAAGAAACCUGGCCAAGUGGAAGCUCACUUUGAGCUUCAUCACUAUGCUGGCAGCGUGCCCUACAAUAUUACUGGCUGGUUGGAGAAGAACAAGGAUCCACUGAAUGAAACUGUGGUUGAACUGUUAUCCCACUCCAAGGAGGCCCUUGUGGGUUAUCUGUUCCAGGCACCUGAGGGCGCUAGUGCAGAUGAAGGGACAGCAAGCAAAUCUGUUCAAAGAAAGAAAGGAAGCAGCUUUCAGACUGUGUCCUACAUGCACAAGGAAUCUCUGAACAAACUCAUGAAGAACUUGUACAGCACCCACCCACAUUUUGUGCGCUGUAUUAUUCCUAAUGAGUUCAAGCAGCCAGGUGAGAUUGACUCCCAUCUGGUGUUACACCAGCUUCAGUGUAACGGUGUACUGGAGGGCAUCCGUAUCUGUCGUAAGGGAUUCCCAAACAGGAUCAUCUACUCUGAAUUCAAGCAACGGUACUCCAUCUUGGCCCCCAGUGCCAUUCCUCAGGGAUUUGUUGAUGGCAAAAAAGUCACAGAGAACAUUCUACUGGCUCUACAGCUGGACACUGCUGAGUACAGACUGGGAACAACCAAGGUAUUCUUCAAGGCUGGUGUCUUGGGUACCCUUGAGGACAUGCGUGACGAGCGCCUCUCAAAGAUCAUCUCCAUGUUCCAGGCCCACAUUCGUGGCUACCUCAUGAGAAAAUCUUACAAGAAACUGCAGGACCAGAGAGUGGGUCUGAGUGUCAUCCAGCGUAACAUCAGAAAAUGGCUGGGUCUGAAAAACUGGCUGUGGUGGAGACUCUACGUCAAGGUCAAACCUCUGCUGAACAUCGCCCGCGCUGAGGACGACAUGAAGAAGAAGGAAGAGGAGUUGGCCAAGACCAAGGCUGAGCUGGAGAAGACUGAGAAACUCCGCAAGGAGCUGGAGGAACAGAAUGUUGGCCUCCUGCAAGCCAAGAAUGACUUGUACAUCCAACUGCAAGCUGAGCAAGACAACCUGAUUGAUGCAGAGGAGAAGAUCGAGAAGCUGAUCUCCCAGAAGGUCGAGUAUGAAGCUCAGAUCAAGGAGAUGGAAGAAAGACUUUUGGAUGAGGAGGACGCAGCAGCUGAGCUGGAGGAGAAGAAGAAGAAGCUAGAGGCUGAAAACAAAACUCUGAAAGAAGACAUUGAGGACUUAGAGAACUCUUUGGCAAAGGCUGAACAAGAAAAGCAGGCCAAAGAUAACCAGAUUAAAACCCUUCAAGAUGAGAUGGCAGCCCAAGAUGAACAGCUGGCAAAGGUGAACAAGGAGAAGAAGCUCCUGGAGGAGCAGCAAAAGAAGACUCUUGCAGAUCUGCAGGCUGAGGAAGACAAGGUCAACCACCUCAACAAACUGAAAACCAAGCUAGAACAGACGCUUGAUGAGCUUGAAGAUAACCUUGAGCGUGAGAAAAAAGUACGUGCUGAUGUUGAGAAAGCCAAACGCAAACUGGAGCAGGACUUGAAGAGCACCCAAGAAACUGUUGAAGACCUUGAGAAGUCCAAGAGAGAUCUGGAGGAGACUCUCAGAAGGAAAGACUUGGAAAUCAACAGCCUGUCAUCCAAACUGGAGGAUGAGCAGAACUUGGUUGCUCAACUGCAGAGAAAGAUCAAGGAACUUCAGGCCCGAAUUGAAGAGCUCGAGGAGGAGCUUGAAGCUGAAAGACAAGCCAGAGCUAAGGUUGAGAAACAGCGAGCUGAGUUGUCCAGAGAGCUGGAAGAGCUUAGCGAACGUCUGGAUGAAGCUGGUGGUGCCACAACUGCUCAGCUUGAGCUCAACAAGAAGCGCGAGCAAGAGCUGUUGAAGCUGCGCCGUGACCUUGAGGAGUCUGCCCUUCAGCAUGAGGCUCAGAUUGCUGCUCUGCGUAAGAAGCAACAGGAUGCUGCAAAUGAAAUGGCUGACCAGAUCGACCAACUCCAGAAGAUCAAGACCAAGGUUGAAAAGGAGAAGAGUCAACUGAAAGCUGAAAUGGAAGACCUCCAGGCACAGUUUGAACACUCGAGCAAGAACAAGGGCAUGUCAGAGAAGCUGAGCAAACAAGUUGAGGCUCAGAUUGCUGAGCUGAAUGCGAAGUUGGAGGCUGCCAACCGCCAGAUCCAGGAGCUACAGGGACAGAAGAACCGCAGCGCCCAGGAGGCUUCAGACCUCACAAGGCAGCUAGAAGAGGCGGAACACCGUGUGGGAGCUCUCACCAAGGAAAGGAACACCCUUGCUGUCCAACUAGAGGAAGCCAAGAGAGCUCUGGAAGAUGAGACUCGCGCUCGCCAGAAGCUUGCCUCUGAUGCUCGUAACCUACAGUCAGAGGUUGAUACUCUCCGUGAACAACUGGAGGAGGAGCAGGAAGGCCGAGCUGAGCUCCAGAGACAAGUGAGCAAAGCCAACAGUGAAGCCCAGUUGUGGCGCUCCAAGUACGAGUCUGAGGGAACCUCCAGGGCUGAAGAACUGGAAGAGUCCAAGCGCAAGCUGCAGGCUAAACUCAACGAGGCUGAACAAGCUGCUGAGGCUGCUAACCUGAAGGUUCAAGCCUUGGAGAAAGCCAAGAGCAGGCUGCAGGGAGAACUUGAGGAUCUAAUGGUAGAUGUUGAGCGUGCAAAUGCUAAUGCCAACAACCUUGAGAAGAAGCAGCGAGCUUUUGAUAAGACAAUCGCUGAGUGGCAGGCCAAGUGUAACGACCUUCAGAGUGAACUUGAGAAUGCUCAGAAGGAGGCCAGAGGUUACUCUGCUGAGUUGUUCAGGCUGAAGGCUCAGCUGGAAGAGGCUAAUGACACCGCUGAAGCCUUGCGCCGCGAGAACAAGAACUUGGCUGAUGAGAUUCAUGAUCUGACAGACCAGUUGGGCGAGGGAGGCCGCAGCACGCAUGAGUUAGACAAAGCUCGCAGACGUCUAGAGCUGGAGAAGGAAGAACUCCAGGCUGCAUUAGAAGAGGCAGAGUCUGCUCUAGAACAAGAGGAAGCCAAGGUCAUGCGGGCUCAACUGGAGCUCUCCUCGGUCAGGUCUGAGAUUGAUCGUCGUAUUCAAGAGAAGGAGGAGGAAUUUGAAAACACUCGCCGUAAUCACCAGAGAGCUAUCGAGUCCAUGCAAGCCAGUCUUGAGGCUGAGGCUAAGGGCAAGGCUGAGGCUCUGCGCAUCAAGAAGAAACUGGAGCAGGAUAUUAAUGAGCUGGAGGUUGCUCUCGACCAGGCCAACAGGGGCAAAGCUGAACUGGAGAAGAAUGUCAAGAAAUAUCAGCAGACAGUCAGGGAACUGCAAACGCAACUUGAAGAUGAGCAAAGACAGAGAGAGGAAGCCCGGGAGGCUUACAAUGCAGCUGAACGCCGAGCUACACUUCUCAGUGGUGAGAUUGAAGAGUUAAGGACUGCACUGGAGCAGGCUGAAAGAGCACGCAAGGGAGCUGAGAAUGAACUGAAUGACGCUAAUGACCGAGUGAACGAGCUGUCCGCCCAGAACACUUCUCUUCAAGGACAGAAGAGGAAGUUGGAGAGUGAUGUUCAAGCCAUGCAGACAGAUCUGGAUGAGCUCAGCAAUGAACUUCGAGGCUCAGAAGAAAGGGCUAAGAAAGCUUUGGCAGAUGCUGCCCGUCUGGCUGAUGAACUUCGUCAAGAGCAAGAGCACAGUUUGCAGGUGGAGAAGCUGAGGAAAGCCUUGGAGGCUCAGUUGAAGGACUUGCAGGUGCGUCUGGAUGAGGCUGAAGCCCAGGCUCUCAAGGGAGGCAAGAAGUUGAUCCAGAAACUUGAACAGAGAGUGAGAGAACUGGAAACAGAGCUGGACAAUGAACAGCGCCGCCAUGCAGAGACUCAGAAGAACAUGCGAAAAGCAGAUCGUCGUCUCAAGGAGUUGGCUUUCCAGUCAGAAGAAGAUCGUAAAAAUCAGGAACGUCUACAGGAACUGGUAGACAAACUUCAGAACAAGAUCAAGACCUACAAGAGACAAGUGGAAGAGGCUGAGGAAAUCGCUGCCCUCAAUCUGGCUAAAUACCGCAAGGUACAGAGUGAGCUGGAAGAUGCUGAAGAACGAGCUGAUACUGCCGAGGGUUCUCUCUCUAAGAUGAGGGCUAAGAACAGAAGCUCUGUGUCUACAGCACGCACUAGUGCCACGCCAGGG